CAUUACAAAUAGCUCCUUGUUUCCAAUGUUAGGACUCGACGCAGUUAUUUAAUUUCACAUGCCAAACGACUCUAUUAUAUAUUCUGGACCCUACGAAGUUAUUCGCCUUCGUCGUCGGCGGGAUGAGCGGGUAAGGGAGUACCUUUUCAGACGGUCCAUUCGCACCGCCGUUCAUGAGCCCGAGUUCACCAUGUGUCGCAUCACCAAACUGGUGGCUUACUUCCUCGUCUUCUUCUUCUUGCUGGCGGUUUUCACGGGCGGAUUGGCUGUGCUGGUGAUGACCUACCGAAUACCAGAUGACAAGCCGGCAUGUAGAAAGUUUCCUGGUCUUAGCACGGUGCCAGGAACGCAUGUGGGCGAUCAGAAGCAAAUUGUGUGGAGUUCUGAAAACCAAAAGCAGCUGGCAGCGAUUCGGCGGCAAAUGUCGCGAAUGCUGGAGCGGUACGGCCUUGAGGGGCCCAAGCGCGUGGUGGCCUGCAACCUGGAUGACAGCUGGGGAUACGCAAGCGGCCAGCCGUGCAUCCUGAUGAAGCUUACCCAGGUACUCGGCUUUGAGGCGAUCACCUACAACGAUGGCAUAUCUCUGCCCGAUAUGGUCCCGGAUGAAGUGUACGACUAUAUAAGCGAACUGGGCAUGGAGGAGCGGGUCAACCGCAUCUGGCUGGCGUGUCAGGUGAAGCCGGAGGAGGGGGUGGACGUUGAAAUUGAAUAUGUGCCAGAUCGCUACUGGGACGCAGAAGACCUCUUUACCAAGGGAAAUGUCUACCUAAACGACUCAUCCGAUAAUGAUGGUGGUAGCUACACCGAAAAUCCUAGUGUGAGGCGACUUGUUGGAGUUAAAUUCAGGAACAUUCCGCCUAAUAAGGACGUCUUAGUUAGGUGCCAGGUGUGGGCCAAAAACAUUCCUCUUCACAUGGGCACUGCCAGAUUUUUACUCCACCAUAUAGCAGCUGUUGAGCCAACCACUCCGUUGUUACUAGAUGAGUGGUACGAGUGAGAUGUCUUGCUAUUACGGAGUUAAUUAAUUUAUUGUUUGGAUUAUCAGCUUGUUAACGAACUUAUAAAUGGCACAUGCAAUAAAUGAUUUUCGGUCUUGUUAAUAUAA